CUGCUUCUGCCAAGGAAACUUUGGAGUGGGUUGCUUGGCUGGAGAAGGUCAGGACAUGGAGAGCACAGGCAGCCAGUACAGAGAUGGGCAAAAUCUUAGCUUUUACAUACAAGAUACAAAAUCAGGGAGAAUGUACAGGAGAGGCAAGCUUCUUGGAAAGGGUGCAUUUGGCAGGUGCUACAAAUUCACAGAUGCGUCCAGCAGGCAAGUGUUUGCUGUGAAGAUGAUCUCGCACACGAGGAAGAUUCACAAAUUCUACAGAGGAGGGGUUGAGAACGAGAUUGAACUUCACUGUAAUCUGAAACAUAAAAACAUUGUUCGUUUUUACCACCAUUUUGAGGACCAGAAAUACAUGUAUAUGGUUCUGGAGUACUGCAGGCACAAGUCUCUAGCUCAUAUCCUGAGAGUGCGAAAGCUUCUCACAGAGCCAGAAGUCCGAUACUACAUGAAGCAGAUACUGCAAGGGAUACUGUGUUUGCACCAACAAGGAAUUAUUCACAGGGACCUAAAGCUUAGUAACUUUUUUAUUGCAAAAAAUAUGAUUGUGAAAAUUGGGGAUCUUGGAUUAGCUACAACUGUGGAGCAGUGUGAAAAAUUACCUGGUGUUAUAUGUGGCACUCCCAACUACCUGUCCCCUGAAGUCCUAGCCAAGAGUGGUCAUUCCUUUAAGUCGGACAUCUGGGCCCUUGGAUGCAUCAUGUACACAAUGCUAACUGGCUACUCCCCAUUUAGAGCUCGCUCACAAAAAGAAAUGUACUAUUUCAUUCGGGAAGGUUUUUUCCCAGUGCCCACAUUCAUUUCUCUAAGUGCUAGAAGACUUAUCAUCUCUUUACUUGCCAGCUGCCCAGACAACAGACCAUGUUUGGAGGAGAUUUUCGCUAAUGAUUUUCUUACCAAGGGCUUUACUCCAGAAAGGUUGUCGUCAACUAUGUGCCAUACAGCGCCAAACUUCACCUUUACCAAUCACUUCACCAGAUUGUUUAGAAAGGCUGCAAAUGUGUUAUACAGAGGGGUAUUCCAGAAGCCUUUCUGCACAGAUUGUUCAGUCCGUGGAGAGGAUGGGAACUCUAACAUCAUGCCUAUAAAUACCCAUACGCGCCUGGGUAAUAAUAAGGGUGAAGAGCCUGAAGACUCUUUUAGAUCUUGUUCUGAGUCCCUCAUCGUCCUAAUGAAAGGAAGUAUGAGUCCCAGAAGAAUGUCACCUUCUCACUCACAGACUGAUAUGACCGACGACAGAGUGGUGGAAGACAUGACUGUCAUGCUGCAGAGGUGUCUACAAAAUAUGAUGCCAGGUCUGUUGGAUCCUAAUUAUCAAGUUACAUGUCCUAUCCUUUGGGUGACAAAGUGGAUGGAUUAUUCAAACAAAUAUGGCUUUGGUUACCAGUUGUCUGAUGACUGUGUGGGAGUACUCUUUAAUGAUGGUUCACACAUUACUCUUAACCCACACUUACAAAAAGUUUGCUAUUCGACAAGCUCAAGUGAACACGUGACAUUCCCUGAGUGGAGUCCACCGUGUCGGAUGGAUAUAAAGAUGAAAAUUCUUCAGUUCUUCUGUGAAUACAUGCAGGAAAAAAUCAUGGAGGGUGGAGAUGUUAGGGCUGAACCGACUCUCACUGUCAGGACUCUAUGUCUCAUGCACUUUCUGAAGACUGAUCAGGCACUACUAAUGAUUUUUAGCAAUGGAACCUUGCAGGUGAAUUUUUACCUUGAUCACACCAAGAUAAUCCUUAAUAGGACAGAGCAGAAUUACCUAUUGACCUUUAUUGACCAGGAAAGGCAAAGCUGUACAGUACCUCUGCAGUUUCUGAAGAAUGGCUGCCCUCCACAGAUAACCCAGCGCAUGCAAUAUGGUCUUGAAUUACUGCAACAUCUGCAGAGGACCUGAGAAGGCACCAUGCCACUGUGCAGAAUGGACAUUACCAAGUACUGACUGUAUUGUCAACCAUGCUUUCAAAAAAUCCCUCUGGGGACUUGCACUUGGUAUGCAAUGUAGAGAGUAUAUCCCUGCUGUAAUACAUGAAUGUAUAUAACACCUUGCCUGGAAGUGCCGACAGUUGUAAUUUAUUUUAUCGAUUAUACAGGCCAUUGCCAUGCAGCUAUUAGCAUGAUCUCAAGGAUGUGAUGUAACAGCUGGAUCUAGCAAUUCUCAGCAGGUGAAUGUAGCAUGACAGGAGUUGCCCUUACCGUGUAGAUAAGAUAUACCAGGGCUUGUAUUUUGUAGUUCUGCUCGGACACUUGCUACAAAAAUUGUGAAUCUGGUUUCAAAGCUACCAGCCAAGCCCGUUGCUGAUAUAUACACAGCAAAUGUAUUUACUUGUGUCUGAUGCCCCUUGGAGAGAAUGGAAUCCUAGCUAAGUUUGGUAAACCAAGAUGCCCCAAGUAAAUCCAUGUAUUACUGUAUGUUGUGACAUUCAAGGGUAUGCAUAUAAAAGAAACCUAUUUUAAGUGUUACUGCAUCUGUAAAUGAACACUGAACUAAAAUACAUCAUGCUUCUUUUGUAUACCAGCUAAUGUUACAUGCACUUCCCUUAAGUGACAGUUAUUUACAAUCCGUGGAGACUAAACUAAAAAGAGUUAGCAUUUCUUAAACUUUUAUUAGGAGAGGAAUGUGCAGAUUUGUAAAUGAAGGAUUUUUAAUUUUAUAACUUUUUGUUUUAAAUCAACCUUGUAAUUAGGCAGUAUUUUGUUUCAUUAGCUGUAGAAAUGAGUUCCCAUUACAUAGACAGUAACUCUAGAGGUAUAUAAGAGCAUACUAACAUUACCAGAUAUGUUUGCAACAAGGCUUUUGCAACUAGGGAUGUUUUACUGGAUUUUUAUGGUAAAAGUAAUACUAGCAUUUUUUAAUCAGGUUUCUGAUUUGCCCAUUCAAGUUUUCUUUUUUAAACAAAUUGUUUGUAAUUAUGAGAAUUUGCUAAAUUUUAAAAUAAAUCUUUAUUAUGGUAUCUGUAGUUGUUAAUAGAAAAUAUAAUCUGAAUUAGAAAUUUACUAGUAAAUAGAAAUGUUGCUUAGAAAUUUACUAGUAAAAAGCAAUAUUUUGAACCAAGCUUGACCCGCAGAAAGCAAACAAGCACAUUUAAAAAACAAAGGUAUUUUUGGUUAUUUCUAACUUGAGAAGGAAUCUUGCUCACUGCCGAGGGCUCCUCCAUGUUUCUUGGUUUUGCACUAAUAAAUCGAGUCCAUUUAGUUUUAAA